UGGGUCCUCAAAUCGAUAUAUGUCAUAUUGACAUUGAUUUUUUGAAUGAAGCGUAUGGAUUUACAUCGGAACUGACUCACUUUCAUCCAAAUGGCAAUGUAGGGAAGUUUAUUCGCGAAACAUGAGUCAUCAAAAUUGCCGUAAAAAAGUUCUUUUACAUUCGAGAGUUAUUUUUCAAAAGGUUCUGAUUGCUAUUCAGACACUAAUAGAUAUCAAGGGGAAAUUUCCCGAAUUAGAAGAUAUACAUGAAUACAUGAUCCACAACUAUUGCAUUGAAGGCGAUUUAUAUAGCCAAAUUCUGAAUGCUUUGGACAGGGGUGAACGAUACGGAUUUCUACAUAAAAAGAAAAACAAAUACUACCUAGUAUGUCCCGCUGCAACGAUCCUACGUCAAAAUAAACCUAAAAUGUUCGAAAUGGAAAGAAUCCGAUCCAUUUUUCAUUCUAAAGAAUCUGGCACGAAGAACCGAAUCUGUAAAAGAGCGAAAAGCCAAACCCAGUGUAGAAAUAACCGUAGAGCAGUGUCAUGUGGUGAUAUAAAAGAUAAAGGUGAUUGUGCAGAAACUGACGAGAAAAAUAAGAAAGAACCUAGCCAAGCGAAGUUUCAGGAUAAUAAUUCGAAUAAGACAGGCUGAACAUCUUACGGAAGAACGGCACCUCUUUUAGGAUAUAAAUCCAGGAGAUGCAAGGUGUAUGUGGCAGGAAACGUCUUUGCCCAUAAGUUCACCCCUCGAUUCAUUAUGAGAUAGUAGUCUCCACUGUUAUUUUAUAGC